UAAACGCGUACGCGACGUGAGCAGAUCUGAGCAGUGUUUUGCGUCUUGGCAGUGUAGACAGAAACACUACGGCGGAGCGGAUUCAACUUUUCCACUCUGGAGGGUGGUUUCAGAUCUAUGCGUUUUCAUGUCCCAAAAACGCCGUCACCGUCUAAACGAAAGGCACUUCCGAUAAAAUAUUUGGUCGUUUUUACCCGCAAGCGUCCUCGUGUAAACGAGACCUAAGGUAUAUUCAUGGCUUCCUUCAAAGCCUGAUUUUUGGCGGUCCAAUCAGCGAACAGAGGGAGUGGCUGAGAACGAUGACGUUAAAGUCAGCUCUCGUUGACGGACAUCUUUACGCACGGUGUUUGGUUUGUUUACAGCCUGUGCGCAACGUGAUUCCCGGCCAAACGUUAGCGAUUGGUUAUGGCAGAUCCAGAGUGGCACUGGGCAGAUCAAAUAGUUUUAAACUUCAACAGACACCCGCCUUCAAGUGAGUUAACGUUUGUCAAUUGAGUAGGUACAGACUCUCUGUACAAAUGAAAUGAAGUACGAGAGUCUGGUAGGACAAGGCUAAUUGGUACCCUGUUCAAAGUUCAGUUCAUAGAGUUUGUAUUUAUUUUUUGGAGAGGGGUAUAUCGAGUGUUUGUCGAUGAUGGUUGGUUCAAACAGCCUCACCAGACUUGAGAAAGGCUAAUAGACUCUGGGGCUGGUUGAGGUAGCACACCUGUGGUGAUUUGGGCAAUCAAGGCACACAGGAAAAGCCAGCCAUUACCAGAUACUCAGGAAGAUAGAUCUGGCAUGUCAGCAUUCAAUUCCUGUUCUGCUUGCAACAAACAUUCCAUCUCUAAUAAACCGUUUUCCUACAAUAUUUUCUUGUGUCUUUGCGUAUGAGAAGCCCAUUAAAGCCACACGCCUAAGUGGUGUGUGGGGGGUCAACUGGAACAAUAUCCAAAAAGGUAUGUGCACCAAAUAAAACAAAAACAGAACUACUAAUCCUGUUUCUACAUAGGCCUUUUUGAUAAAGAUGAGUUGGCUCCUACAUAGAAUUUUAAAAACUUAUUUAUUGACUCCAAUAGGGUCAUACGGUCUGUCAUUUACUGCUUCAGUACAUUUUAUGUGUCUAGAUCCACUCCUUAACCAAACAAAACAAUAACAAUGAAAGAUAAUCCACUUUCAAUGUCCAAAGGAUGUGCCAUUGUUAUUCGUAGGGUUGCAUUUAAAAUAUGUAUAUAACUUAGAUGUAUAUUAAACUAUUUUACCCUUUGCUACUUUAUCAUGGCCACAAAUCGGAGCUGGAGGCGUUUCUGACAGCAGUAGACCAGUCCGGUCUGCCUGGUAAAUCAAGGCCUGGAUUUACCAGCAGUGUUCUCCCGCGGAUUCUGUGGACCCUGCUUGUGUACGAGUUCCCAAUAACAGCAGUGAAGGGGUUUGAGAGGAGGAUCAGCUGUUACUUCCGUUGAUGGCUGGGCCUGCAGGUCGGGACUUGAUCAAUCCCGGCUGGGUCGCCGGGGUUAGGCUGUAUGAUGUUGAAAGACCCGAAACACCCAAUGACCCAAAGUUCCAUCACUGAUCUGCAUAAGUGCAUCAAAAGAUGUAUAUUAAACUAGGAGAUCUAUAUACACUUGGUUGCCAAUUUCAGAGCAGACACCAACCAGGUGUGGUGGAAGAAAGUUCCCUUCAUCCUAUAAUUAUAAGAUUAAACCAGUUGAAUAAACACAUUAUUGUAAUUACCUUUUAUAUUAUGAUUUCUUAUUUUUCCAACAUUUAAAAGAACAAAAGGGCUUCUACAACGUGCGCAUUUUUCAUGCGAAAAGGGCACUUGAAAUGAGAGUUCACAAGAUACCUAUAAAAAACACUGUAUAUUCCACUUUUUUUUCUUAAGUAAGCAGUAGAAUUGUUGUAUGCUCAGAAUUGUUAUCCAUUCUUUAAUGUAAUUAUGGUAAUGAAGUCCAGUUCCCUCCCCAAAAUGUCUGCAUAGCCUUGAUAGAUACAGCAAAAAAAAAAAAAAAAAGUAAAUUGGCAAAGGGGAUGGCAUUAAACUGUAUAUAAAGAUGUAUUUGAGAAAUCAUUUAGUUAAGAAAGGUGGGGUCAGAUUGGAGGGCAGUCAUGAGAGCUCAUAAAGAAUCACACUUGCUAAUUUGUGUAUGUUUAUUUUUAGUCUCCUUCUCCUCUCAGAUGUCCUCAACAGGUCCAUUCUCUUGUACAUCAAAGAGACAAUUUAAUCUGAAUGGAAUGCAAAAGUCUGGGGAUGUUAUUCUGGGAGGGAUCUUUAGUUGUAACUUUUACACUGCAUCUUCUGAUCUGUAUUUUACUUCAGAGCCAAACGAUCCCAUUUGCUUUGGGUGAGUAUGUCUAAUAUUGUGUUGAUCAAGGCAUUUUAAUAAUAUAACAAUGUUGCAAUGCAUAAUAAAUUUGUUUAUUAGAUUUAGUCAUGUAGGUUUCAGACAAGCCCAGACCAUGGCAUUUGCUGUUGACGAAAUUAACAGAAACUCCAAACUUCUUCCUAAUAUAUCAUUGGGAUACAAUCUAUAUGAUAGCUGUGGAAACCUAUGGAAUGCAUUGAGUGCAGCUCUGUCUAUGACCAGUGGCAGCGGAGAGCCAUUUCAAUUAAAUGAGACCUGUUACGGUUAUCCUCCUGUGCUAGGAAUUGUGGGAGAUUCUUCCUCAACACGUACUAUUGCUAUUUCUAGCAUAGUAAGCUUGUAUAGGGUACCAAUGGUGAGUUAUUAUUCCACAUGUUCCUGUCUGAGUGACAGGAGGCAGUUCCCAUCUUUCUUUAGAACUAUUCCAAGUGAUGCAUUUCAGGUGCGAGCUAUGCUCCAAAUUCUGAGGCGGUUUAAGUGGACUUGGUUAGGCCUGUUAGUCAGUGAUGAUGACUACGGACUCAACGUUGCCCGAUCCUUCCAGUCAGACCUGGCCCUCUCUGGGGGAGGCUGUCUGGCUUAUCUAGAGGCUCUGCCUAAGAGUAAUGAUGUAGAUGAUCUGCAAAGGAUUGUUGGCAUAAUGAAGAAAUCCACAUCCCGUGUGGUUAUUGCUUUUGCACAUGCAAGCAACAUGCUUAAACUCAUGGAAGAGGUGGUAAGGCAGAAUGUUACGGGCCUACAAUGGAUGGCCAGUGAAGCCUGGACUACAGCCGUUGUUCUUCAGACCCCCAGCUACAUGCCUUUUCUUGCAGGCACUCUGGGCAUUGCCAUCCGCCGGGGAGAGAUACCAGGCCUCAGGGAAUUCCUUCUGAGAAUACGCCCUGACAAGGACACACUCAGCAACCAGGACAACAAUUUAGUGCGGCAGUUUUGGGAGCACGUAUUUCACUGCAAGUUUAUGACCCCUGAUAUGGAGUUUGAUGUGAAGACCCAGGGAAAACUUUGUACAGGGAAUGAGAUUUUAAAGAAUAGAGAGACGGAUUUCCUGGAUCUGUCUAACCUCAGGCCAGAGUACAAUGUGUACAAGGCAGUAUAUGCCCUGGCACAUGCCCUACAUGACAUUCUGCAGUGUGUUCCAGGAAGUGGGCCUUUCAAAGAGCAAAGCUGUGCCCGUUUACAGGGACUAGAGCCAUGGCAGCUGUUAAAUUACUUGCAAAGGGUCAAUUUCACAACAGAUUUUGGUGAUCAAGUCUCAUUUGAUGAAAGUGGGGAUGUUUUACCAAUCUACGAUGUGAUGAACUGGAUGUGGCUCUCAGAUGGAACCACAGAGGUCAGAAAUGUGGGAGAGGUCAAUGAAUUGGCUUCAAGACUUGAUAAUCUUAUCCUUCAGGAAAAGCACAUCUUUUGGAAUUUUGAAUCUAAAAAGCCUCCCAAGUCAGUCUGUAGUGAGAGCUGUCCCGCAGGCACACGCCUGGCCAGAAAGAACGGGGAACCUGUCUGCUGCUUCGACUGCAUUCCUUGUUCAGAAGGACAAUUUAGCAAUAAGACAGAUUCAACACAAUGUACCAGCUGUCCAGAGGAGUUUUGGUCCAACCCCCAACGUGAUCACUGCGAACCCAAAAUCAUCGAGUUUCUUUCCUAUAUGGAACCCCUGGGCAUCUCCUUGACCACUGCUUCAUUAUCUGGCACACUUUUAUGCACAAUUGUUUUUGGAAUCUUCAUCCAUCAUCGGACCACGCCAGUAGUUAGGGCCAACAACUCAGAGCUCAGCUUCCUCAUUCUGCUGUCACUCAAACUAUGCUUCAUGUGCUCCUUGCUUUUCAUUGGCCACCCAAGGCUGUCGACAUGCCAGUUGCGGCAAGCAGCCUUUGGAAUCAGCUUUGUGCUGUGUGUCUCGUGUAUCCUGGUGAAGACCAUGGUAGUUCUGGCAGUUUUCAAGGCCUCCAAACCAGGAGGGGGCAAUAGUCUGAAGUGGUUCGGGGUAAUGCAACAGAGGGGGACUGUUUUAUUUCUUACUUUAAUACAAGCAGUAAUAUGUACAACCUGGCUAAUGUCGUCCUCACCAACACCUCAUAAAAACACACAGUACUACAAAGACAAGAUAAUAGUCGAGUGCGUAGUGGGAUCGACUGUUGGAUUUGGAGUUUUACUAGGAUAUAUUGGAUUACUAGCUAUUCUAAGUUUCUUACUUGCUUUCUUGGCCCGGAAUCUACCAGAUAACUUCAAUGAGGCAAAGUUUAUCACAUUCAGCAUGUUGGUCUUCUGUGCUGUUUGGAUAGCCUUCAUCCCAGCUUAUAUCAACUCUCCUGGAAAAUAUGCAGAUGCUGUAGAGGUUUUUGCCAUUCUAGCUUCCAGUUUUGGGCUAUUACUGGCCCUAUUUGGACCGAAGUGUUACAUAAUAAUCCUGAAGCCUGAGAAAAACACAAGAAAAGCUUUAAUGGGGCGAGGAACACCAAUAUCAUAAAAACAUGGUUAUCUGGCAACCCUUUUAAAAGAUUACUACAUUACCUACUUUCUAUUAUAACUUCAUUUUAAAUUGCAGUUUAAAAUCAUUUCAGAUCUCAAAUUAUAGCCACUUAUUUUAUUGAUCUGUAUUAUUAGUUUGACUAAUCAACAUGUAUGUUCAAAAACAAUAAAUCUUGUUUUCAACAUUGUGAUGAGACCAUAUAUGUGUAUAUGUGAUUACAUAUUGUUAUUCUAGGGUUUGGGUAUUAUUAUUCCGGAUUGGUAAUGUCUAUAUCUCUACUUUGGACUGGUCAACAGUUUUCAAAUGUGGGGUAUAUUUACAUAUUUGUGUCUCCAAAAGGUUUGGUGCCAAAAUUUGUUGCAGAUUGGUAAAAAAAAUCUAAACUUCAUGUACAUGCCGCAUUUUACAUUUUGCGAAAAUGUUGUCUAAUCCUUCAGAACUAAAGCAUGAAAUUACUCACAGUUUUAAUAUCCAGGAUCUAUGGACUUGUCUGAUGAUCUGGGAAAUGGUACAGAUUUAGCAAGAGAGAGGCCAUGAUCCUGACCAGGUGUAUACAAAGUGUGUGCCGAUAGCUCAAAGACUGAGGUCACAGCGCCAAUGUGAAUAAUUUGAUAAAAUGCUCAACUAAGUGCUAAUGCUCCUUUUCCAUCAUCGCAAGUCCGUGUAAGAGGGAUGCAGGAACUUGAAACUUUCCAGGAACAUAGAGGACCCCUCCCUUAACAUGUGUACAUAGUUGGUGUGCCUCUCUCUAUCUCUGUGUGUGCCUGUCUCUCUGUAUGUAUGUGUGUGUGCUUUUGUGUGU